AUGCGACUCUUACAUUUCAAAAAUGGGGAGCUGAGCUUAACGGAUGAUAUGUACAAUGAUGGCGUUAUUCCGCCCUAUGCUAUCCUCUCUCAUAGAUGGGGAGACGAGGAAGUCAGCUUUGAAGAGAUGACUAACGGACGGGGAAAGACGAAAGCAGGUUAUGACAAGAUCCUGUUCUGUGCGCAACAGGCUGCAGCGGACGGCCUACAACAUUGCUGGGUCGACAGCUGCUGCAUCAAUAAAUCAAACAGUGCGGAGCUUACCGAGGCUAUCAACUCUAUGUUUCGCUGGUACCAGAACGCUGAGCGAUGUUACGUUUACCUCGCAGAUGUCUCGGGCAGCAGUCAUGAUCGAAGUUGGGAAUCGGCAUUCAGGAAAAGCAAAUGGUUCACCCGGGGCUGGACACUCCAGGAACUUAUCGCCCCAAGCAACGUUGUAUUCUAUUCGAAGGAGAAAGAAUACCUAGGAAACAAGCAGUCGCUCGAAGGACAACUACACGAGACCACCAGAUUACCAAUUCCAGCUCUCCGUAAUCAACCAUUAAGCAACUUCAGCAUGGAGGAGCGCUUCUCGUGGGCCGCUUUACGCCAGACCGGACUAGAAGAAGACAUGGCGUAUUGCCUCCUCGGCAUCUUUGAGAUUAACAUGCCCCUUCUGUACGGUGAAGGAAAGAUAAAAGCAAUGGCGCGGCUUCGUAAAAUGGCUGAACACGCUAUAGAGGGGCCUUCAGGCGCUUUGCUCCAACAGAAACUCUCUGGGCUACGACAAUGGCUCGAGGUCCCCGAUCCUUCGGCGAUACCCUCGAAAGCAAUAAAGGCUCGCGUUCAAAAUACUGACCAUUGGAUUCUCAAGAACACUGCGUAUAACAACUGGAAGAAUGACCCUGCUUCGGUCCUAUGGCUGUGGGGUAAGCCAGGAUCUGGCAAAACGGUAGUCAGUACUACGGUCCUCGAAGACGUGUUGCAGCGCUGUGAUCGUAGCCUCGGCGGAGUUUGCGCACAUUUCUACUUUAACUACAAAGAUAACCACGAGGAAGGUCCAGAGCUAAUGCUGCGCUCUUUGAUUGGUCAACUCUCCAAAUAUUGCGUUCAGAUGCCUGGAUGCUUCGACUGGCUUUUCGCCUUGCGUGAGAGAAUGGGUCCUCGGCCACUUCAUGAGUUUGUAGAAGUGCUACAAGAACUGAUUCUGGAGUUUCCACAGGUCUUCAUACUCAUCGAAGGUUUAGAUGAAUGUUUACAACGCCCUGAGCUAUUGAGCGUGCUUCUACCAAUAAUAACGCGGCAAUCUCCGAAUUUACACCUUCUUAUGAUAAGCCGGCACGACAUGGAGUUCCAGGAUUUCCUAGAAAGCUUUUCGAACAAGGAAAAUACCGCAAGGCUCGAGAUUGGACCACAUCACCAAGACAUCCGCCAGUAUAUUCGCCACAGAUUGUCUAGCGAAUCACGCUUCCGCAAGUGGGCCGGCGAUGCUGAGUUGCGGCAAGAGAUCGAGGAUCAUCUGGUAGAGAAAACCGAUGGACAGUAA